AUGGAUAAUACAAAUGGAUAUGAUCAAUUAUUGAACACAUUGAAUACAACAAUUAAUUAUUUGUGUAAUUUAUUGCAUCAAAUGUCAUCAGCUGAAAUACAUUAUGCCUAUAAAUUAUUCAAUCAUUUGUGUGAGUAUACAAUUGAAUUACUGGUGAAUAAAUUAAUUUCAAAUCAAGCUGAAUAUAUUCAUCCUAAUGAAGUGAAUAAACAAAUAUUGAAUUUUGUACAAUUGAAACAUUCAACAAAUUGUGAUUUAUUAUUUAAUGAGACAAAGCUGACAAAUACCAAUACGAAUGAGUAUAACUUGAACCAUCAAUUCGAAGAAAUGAUUUGCAACCAAACUGAUAGAACAGAUUCUUCCAAUUGUAAUCCAAUUGAUUUAAGUCAAAAGGUUCACUCACCCAAUCACCUUGAUAUGUCUAAAAAAUCAAUCAACAAGUGUUCUAUUAAUCGGGGUGAUUUACUUCAGAAAAAUCACCACACAUCUGAAACGAUGAAUAACAGUCAGUUGUUGAAAAGCCAUUCUGAGGAGGAAAAAUCGAAUGAUGUUAUUGAUCUUACCAGUGGAACUAAGAAACUACCAACAUCAAAAGCGACAACAUACACCAGUUCCAAUUUAAUCAAUGCAGAUCAAUUAUUAUUAUUACAUGAAGAGAAGAAAAACACAAAAGAUUCUCACAGACCAAUGGAUCCCAAGUGUACGAAUGAUGCGCGUCAAGUUACUCUGAGAUCUCAAAAUCAGUCGAUGAAGGAAGUUCAGAAUCCAGCCAAAAUGCAUAUGCCAAAAACAGCAGCUGUAAACUCUAUACAAUUCAAACUGAUACCAGUUGACAGGGCAGGAAUUCCCCUGAAAACUCCUGGCCUAAUUCAUAAUAAUAAAAAUAAUACUCAUAAGUUGUAUAUAUCAAGUCCAUUUCCGAUUGGCAGUAAUAUCAGUAGUAUAUAUUUAAUGCCUAAAAAUAUGACAUCAUUUAUAAAUGCUUCAAAUAAUGUAUCUCCUAUACAACAGACAUUAAAUUUACUACAUCAAAAUAGAAGAGAUGAUAAUGACGGCGAUGCUUAUGUUGAUGCUGAUGAUAAAGAUCACUUCAAUGGAGGAAUACACCAGCAUCAUCAGCAUUAUAAUAAAGAAGACAAUGACAUCGGGAUGAAAGAUGAAAUCAAUAAUGGAUCCCAGCAGAACGGAGAAAAGGAAAGAUGUUCAACUUGCAAAUUAAGCUUUAAACAUCCAAUAGACUUUGUUAAACAUAUUCAGAUGGUUCAUGUUGGAUUACAAUUUCGGAAUAGAGUAACUUUUUCAAAGUACCCAGAGAAUAGAACAUUCAGGACAUCAUCAAUUAAAAGACGUUUUCCCGCUGAACAUCUGAGACCCUCUAAAAGCAAACUCCAUCAUGCUGACAAUGAUAAUGAUAAUGACAAUGAUAAUAAUAAGGAAGGUGUUAGUGAAAGUGACUUCAAUAAUCAUGAUAAUAAGGAUGUCAGCAAUGAAGGCAAUGAUAAAGUCAACGCAGAUGAUGACUUUGGUGGUGGUGGUGGUGCUGGUGGUGACGAUGUCGUCGGUGAUGACGACGGCGACAACAACGAUGAUGGCGACGAUGAUGAUGAUGAUGACGGCGACGAGGAUAUGAAGGAAGAAGACAAUGAUGAGUAUAUCCCAGUGAAAUCAACAUUAUGUAAUACUAGACAAAGACCAUAUGAAUUUAGACGGAUGAAGAAAUCGGAAUCACUGACUGGUUGA